AACACUUCUGGUCCAAAUAAACAAAAAGAAGAAGAGCAGUUUAUUUUUUCUUACUGGUUUUUCUGUUACCUUGCUGAGAAACCUGUUCAAAAAAAAGCUGAAGAGAAACUACUUUGACAGAGAACAGAAUGGAGAGAAGGCACAAAGCGAAUGGCAGGGCAUUCACCAGGCAAGUACUGCUUCUCUUACUGUUGUUCUCCUUCUGGGCUGCCUCAGAGCAGAUAUAUUAUUCCAUCCCUGAGGAGAUGGCAAAGGGUUCAGUUGUGGGAAAUCUCGCCAAGGAUUUGGGACUGAAUGCCAGAGAUCUAUCCAAGCGCAAUCUGCAUGCUGUCUCUGUGAAUAAAAUGCAGUAUUUCAGUAUCAGUGCAGAGAAUGGAAACCUUUAUGUGAAUGAUAGGAUUGAUAGGGAGGAAUUUUGUGGCACAACUCUACUCUGCCUUAUUAAUUUUGAAGUGGUGAUAGAAAAUCCUUUAAAUAUUUUCCAUAUAACUGUAGAAAUUCAGGAUAUUAAUGAUAAUAUCCCAUAUUUUUUGAAAAGUAUUAUCAAGUUGGACAUAAUUGAAUCCACUUUGCCAGGCACCAGAUUUCUUCUUGGGAAAGCAGAAGAUCCUGAUAUUGGGAUGAAUUCUCUCCAAAAUUACCAGCUUAGCCCUAAUCACUAUUUAACUUUAGAUGUUAAAGAGACUCAGGAUGGAAAUAAAUUUGCAGAUUUAGUGCUUCAGCGACCACUAGAUAGAGAGAGAGAACAGACCCUGCAUUUGAUCCUUACAGCCCUGGAUGGGGGUGAACCUAGAAAAACUGGGACUGCCCAGAUAUGGAUUAAUGUCACUGAUGCCAAUGACAACCCACCAGUUUUCACUCAAGAGAUUUACAAGGUCAGUUUGAGGGAAAAUGUUCCAGUUGGAUCCCUUGUACUCCAGUUUGUAGCCUCUGAUGAAGAUGAAGGUUCAAAUGCCCAAAUCAGCUAUCAUUUUAGCAAUAUACCAGUGAUUGCUAACAAGAAAUUCCACCUGGAUCCAUUGAAUGGUUCAGUCCUACUUAUGGGGCAUUUGGAUUUUGAGGAAACUAAAGAAUAUACUAUGACAGUUGCAGCAAAAGAUGGAGGUGGAUUAGAGACACAUUGCAAAGUUGAAAUAAAGGUUCUUGAUGAGAAUGACAAUUACCCCGAGGUAACCCUUGUUUCCUUGUUCAGCCCAUUCUCUGAAGAUUCUCUGCCUGGUACCUUAAUUGCUCUGGUCAAUGUAAAUGACAAAGACAAUGGAGAUAAUGGAAAGGUUACUUGCUAUGUACAAGAUGAUUUACCCUUCAAAAUUCUCCCCUCAUCCAACAAUUACUACAAGGUCCAGACAGAUAGUCCCCUGGACAGAGAAAGAACUCCUACAUAUAACAUCACAAUUACAGCUACUGACAAGGGAACCCCGCCUCUUUCCACACACAAAGCCAUCUCAUUACAGAUCUCUGAUAUCAAUGAUAAUGCCCCUACUUUUGAGAAAUCUUCCUACAGUAUCUAUUUGUCAGAAAACAAUCCAUCCGGUGCCUCCAUUUUCACUAUUAAAGCCUCUGAUCCAGAUGUGGACCAGAACGCACGGAUCACCUACUCCAUCCUCAACAGCAACAUUGAGGAGCUUCCUAUCUCCUCCUAUAUCUCCAUUAAUUCUGAGACCGGCACAAUCUAUGCCCAGAGAUCCUUUGACUAUGAACAAUUCAGAGAAUUCCAGCUGCAAGUGAAGGCCCAAGAUGGCGGCUCUCCCCCACUCACCAGCAAUGUCACUGUGAGGUUGUUUAUUCUUGAUCGGAAUGAUAACACACCUCAUAUCCUGUCCCCUUCACAAGAAGUCAAGGGCUCAGCCUUGUUCGAGAUGGUGCCUCGUUCAGCUGAGGCAGGUUAUCUAGUAACAAAAGUGGUGGCCGUGGAUGCUGAUUCUGGACACAACGCUUGGCUGUCCUACCAUCUGACUCAGGCCACUGAACCCACCCUCUUCACGAUUGGUUCUCACACUGGUGAGAUCAGAACAGCGAGGGCCUUUGUGGAGAGAGAUGCUGUGAAACAGAGACUCGUCAUUAUGGUGAAGGAUAAUGGACAGCCGUCUCUCUCGGCCACCAUUACUCUGAACCUGGUUUUUGCUGAGAACUUCCAGGAAGCCCUUCCAGAAAUGAAAAGCCAACCGAGCAGCUCAGAGUAUCAGUCUGACCUACAGUUCUACCUGGUGCUGGCCUUAGCUUUGAUCUCCUUCUUAUUCCUCUUGACUGUUAUUCUGGCUGUUACAAUGAAGCUCCAUCAAUCAGGGAAUCCGAGGUUCCUACAGUGUUUUGGUCCUAUUCCCCAUUCCAAGAACGGUGCCAUAUUUCCUCCAAAUUUUGAAGAUGGGACUUUGCCUUAUUCCUACCAGCUUUGCCUGUCAGAAUCCAGGAAGAAUGAGUUUACUUUUCUGACACCCAAUGUUCAGGUUGUCGACAAUAUUCUUAAUGGUGAGAAAUCUGGUGUAUUUUUCUCAGGUAAAACAAUUGAAAACAAUCUAAAUUCUGAUUUGGGGAAUGAUGACAAGGUAAGCUUUUUCAGCCUUUUACUUAUGUUGCAAUCCUAA